CUCCUAUUUUUUUCUCACGGCUACUUUUUCAAACUCAGUAGGGAAGUCUUAUAAGAAGUCUUUCUCUAAGUCUUACUCUUAGGCUACUAAUCCACCUUCACAACAACGAGCGUGAGGAAUGAAGAUAGGCAAACGCUUUUAUUACUGCUUUGUUUGGUUUCAGGCGUAACGAACUAGUCUGAAAUUAGUUUGCGCGCUAAAUUCAGUGGUUGGCCAGAACUGGAUAGACUAACUAAACUACAGUUUAUUAUGAAUUAAAAGAGAACAAACGACUGAAGAAACGGAAGCUCGAAGAUAUACCGCAUCGACGUCGCUUUGAAAUAUUAUGUUUGGAGAGUCAGAAAUACAUUUAUGUUGUUCAGAGAGUGAUGUGGUUGGGAGGAAUGGCCGCGCGCAGCAGUGAUGGACACUCCGCGGACAGAUCCUCCAAGAGAAGGAACUGCAAGUCUUUCACGAUAGACGAAAUUGCCAUUGCCCGAUCCCUGUGUCUGGGCUCUGGGUUAAAGGGCAGGUCCGUCUGAACAUGAUUUCAAACAAGUCAUGCGAGAACAUCACCAGAAUCGAUGUGAAUGGGAACCCGGUGAUGAGCACUGUGAUGUUUAUCGCCGGGGUGGUUGGCAACCUCAUGGCUCUAGCUAUCCUGGGUUUCCACCAGAAAGAGCGUCGAACCAAGUCCUCGGUUUUCUGCAUUCUCGUGACAGGCCUGGCUCUGACAGAUCUGCUGGGAACCUGUUUACUCAGUCCACCGGUUUUCGUUUGCUAUUCCCAGAGCAGAUCUCUGGUGGGUCUGACUGGAGAUCGGUGGCUGUGCGGACUCUUCGCCUUCGCCAUGACGUUCUUCGGCCUGGCCUCUAUGCUCAUACUCUGUGCUAUGGCAGUGGAGCGGUGUCUCGCCAUCAGUCACCCGUAUUUCUACUCCAAACACGUACGCCGCAGCUUCGCUAAGAUCGUCCUCUUCCUCAUCUAUCUCUUUACCUUAAUUUUCUGCUUGCUGCCUUUCUUUGGAUACGGGCGGCACAAGCAGUAUUGCCCGGGCACGUGGUGUUUCAUCAAGAUGGAGGCAGAAGGAGAGAGUGAGGAUGAGAAGAGGAGAACGCUGGCCUUCUCGCUGUCCUACGCCGUGCUCAUGGCGCUGCUCAUCGCCAUAGUGUUCUUGUGCAACGGUUCGGUCAUCGUCAGCCUCUGCCGCAUGCACCGGAGCCAGCUGACACGUCGGGGUUCGGUGGUGUCGGCUGGGCGCAAGAAGAGGCUGAGCACCUGGUUUGGACAGGGAGAGGAGGAAAUGGACCAUUUACUGCUGCUGGCCUGCAUGACCUUCAUCUUCGUCAUUUGCUCCUUGCCACUAACUAUCUGUGGCUUUGUGAACGCUAUUAGUCCGGUUGGGAACGAUCAACAGAAUCUAAUGGCUUUCCGUUUCUCUGCAUUUAACCCCAUCUUGGAUCCCUGGAUCUUCAUCAUCUUCCGUAAGGCGGUCUUUAACCACAUCCGGGAAUUCUUGCACUGCUGCUUCCCCAGGGAUGUGGUGAAGACCACAGCUCAAAGCUCUCUGUCCUUCCCCCUGGAGGCUGGAAACGUCAAAAAAAGCUCCAGCAUCAAGAGCCAGAUCUACUGCACUCUCCCUCAGUGAGGUCUUGAUGAACGACACUGUGUAUAUGACUGUGCACUGAGAUAUAUCAUGACCAUGAGACUUGGAAGCCUGGAAAGUCUGACCGGUACUAGAACCAUAUGUAUAAGCUUUGACAUCAGAGGACCUGUCAAAAUGGAUGACGUUUUAUGAUGGAAGGAAGAAUUUUGUUAAUAUGUGGACUAAUGGCCAUCGCUAAACAGGCUCUUCCGUUCAUAUGGUGGACCACAGAAUUUGGGUGACAGAGAUGUUGACAAAUGAACAGAAUGUGAAGGCACAAAUAACCAGUGUUCAUUUGGGGAACUGGCACUUACCACAAAACUCAUGUAGAAAACAGACAGUUCACUUAUGCUUUCGUUUACCAAUUAUCACCAACCAUGGAACAUUUUAACCUUUUGAAAUCGACACACGGAAACUGCAGUGUUAAAGAUGUACAGUGUGACUAGAAUGUUACAGGAAGUUGUUUAGCAGCAGAUAACCAGUCAUAAACUAACAAGAGUUUGUCUCAUUAAAUAUGAAUGCGCUUUGUACAGUUACAUGUUUGUACAGUUU